GUCCAGUUUGCCCUCCAGGACCUUACAUUCGGUUUCUAACCUCUUAUAUUGUCCUUCCUAAAUUCUCAAGAUGACUACAGCCUAAAGGCGCAUACAUCAGAACCGACACGCACAGUUUCUCGAAGUUGGGCGAAAGAAUAAAAUCAAUGGGGGCCGGCUACCUUUGUUCGCCCGGUUAAUCGUACCCAAGGGCCAUUGAAACAUUGACCCUGGCCAAGCCAUGAAGGGGUGCCCCAGGCUUCGUUUUUCUCUUUCUUCUUCGUUGGCAAAUUUUCGACUUCUGAACGACUUUUUCUACUCUUCCGUUUGGUCUAAACCUUGAAACUUGAUGUCCGACGCAUCAAACAAGGAAUACCCGAGAAGAGUAGUUAUCGACGACACUGACACGAGGAUUCAUUACUUUCCGAACCCUGAUGCGUGGUCGCUCGAUGUUGGCUCGUUUGACGACAGAGGAAAUUAUGGACCACCGUAUAAACGCACGAUGCAUGGGACGAACCAGUCAGGAGCUAGUUUGAGUUUUACUUUUGAAGCGUGUCUAUCAUUUUAGGAAACUAUAUUCUCGUUCGCGGCGCGCAAGAUAUCCGGAACGAUGGGAAUGGAAAACCACCGACAUGGACUUGUUCAUUGGACGGCAGCCCCAUACCAGCAUUCCCGUUUCGAGACGCGAACCGUAUUACCCACAAUGACCUUUGCGAACUCGGUCGAAUCUCUCGCAGGUCACAUAAUUUGACUAUUAACGUCACGAUCGAGGAUCCUGCGAACCAAAUGUUUUGGCUGGAUUAUCUGGAAUAUGUGCCGUUGACAGGAAUGAACUUGGAUGGAAGCACGUUGAGGAUUGAUAGCAGCGACGCGAGGGUGGUAUACAACAACGCAAGUGCUCAGUGGAUGGAAUUGGGCGGACAUAUGAAUGGGACAGGAGUGGCUGGAGGGAAUUUGAGUUUGAAGUUCAACGGAACAUCUGUUUCUUUGUACACUUAUCUAGAAGGUUCCGAAAAGGACUGGAGUCCAUCUUCCGCACGAUACCACAUCGACAAUGCUGCCGAUGAGAGCAUCACCAUCCCGGGGAGUAAACAUCUAUCUGGGUCUGGAAAUAGGUCGGAUUUCUUCAACCAGUUGUUAUUCACUUCACCGGAUUUUUUACCCGGAGAACAUGAGCUCACGUUAUCCUUUGAUGGUGUUGCCCAGAGCGGGAGCCCGCCGAUUCAGUGGCUGGUCAUCGAUUAUUUCCACGUAAUCGUGUCGGGUACCAACAUUUCAUCGAACGGUGCCGGCGUCCCAUCCACCUCAGUUCUUGUCGGUGCUGUUGCUGGUGGACUGGUCGGGCUGGUAGCUAUUGGGUUGUCAGUGUAUUUUUUUAUGAAGUGGCGGAAGCAGAAUCGACGGUUGCAGAGUACUCCGUGGUAUGGUGGUACUUCUGGUGGUUUCGGGUUAGGCUACAGCAAUCACAAAUAUACGGUAGUGACGCCCUUCAUUCCAGAAGAGGACAGUCAUCCAUCACCAACCGCCUACGACGUUUCACGCAGGGAGAGCUCGAUGGGGCGUUCUCGGCCUUCGAUCUCUACAAGAACGAGGACUACCACCACAUACCCGACAUCGACGAACCGCCAUCUGUCGAAUGCCUCGACUUCAACGUCAGAUCCGUUGAUAUCGUCGUCCGAGUUGACGUCGUUUUCUCCUAAUAGGACAAGUUCUCAAAGACCCCCGACCGUUUUGUCUCCACCGAAUCACUCCUCAGAAAGCUCCCCCACUUACUUCGAUCCCGACGCAGAUUUCACUUCCGAUAGUACUAAUGCAGGUACCCGCUCGACGAAGGAUACAGGCACACCUAAUGUCAUCCAUAUUCGCCAUGAGGACAGUGGGAUACGAUUAGUGCCUCGGGGCAAUGACCCACUUCCACACGACCUACCCCCGGACUAUACUCCAGAUUAGUCGUAUGAUUUGAUUUUUUUUAGGAGUGGCGCA